GCCAGAAACCAACCCUCUUUAUGCUGCAACAGACAGGGAUCAUCUGAAAGACAACACCCGUGGAGGACAAAACCUCAGUCAUCACCGCACCAACUGACUGGAUGAAGAAGAUUUAUCAUGUACUUCGAUGUAAAGCUGUAACGUUCAUGUUGUAGGACGCCAUGUUUGCUUGUAGAGGAGGCUACUUCAAAUUAGCUGAAAAUGUGCAGUGUGAGUUUUUCCCUUCAUGUUAUGGUCUUUAACCACCUGCUAGGUUUUCAUUUUUGAUCGAAAACAAACAGCUUUCGAUAUUUAUGUCUUUCUCUUUAUGAAAUGUGUCAUUUUGGGUCUAUAUUGUCCAUAUUUCGCGUCUUUUUUUGCCACUGAAUAAAGCCUUUGUUGUCAGUACGGGGUGCAGUAUGCUAGGAGGGGGGCGUUAUACGUGUUGCUAGGAUACUGGGAGGGUGCUGAUGGUGUUGGCGAGAUUUAACGUUGAUGCUAAUCUUGCUUUUUAAAAUGGAGGUGUUUUCUCAUUUAUAGAAAAGAGAGAGGGAGCAGAGGAGGAAACUGCAGCACUUCCUCAACGACUUGGCACUUCUGGGAUCAUUACAGGUCAGUGAACGCACCAUCAGGAAAAACAAAGCUAACCUGGUGGAACUAUCUCCUGAGUAAAAAUGUUGUUCCUGUUUCAGGGCUUCAAGUACUUCCAGCCUUGGCUUAGGGGGAAAGAGGAGUUGCUGCUGACUGUUGUUAAUGAAGAUUUGGUAGGUUGAGAGUGAUGGAUACAAAGCUAGAGGUUACAACAGUGAUAAAAAUGUCAACAUUUCCCUCUCUACAGGGUUGGCGCUCCCCAGGUUUUGUGGUGUCCAGAGCCUCCUCCUACACCUCCACCAGCAGCUGUAACAGCAGCGAUGUCUCCCCCAGCAGCAGCUCUCCCAGCCUGGACAGCCGGUGUAGCUCUCCUCUACCUGGGGAGCCUGCUGGCCCUCGAGACCCCCACACACACAAGCAAACCAAAGUGCAACCACAAACUGCGAGGUAGUUUCUGCUUUUGACAUGCUGAAGAUGUAAAUGUUUUUGUUUUCUUAAUUUUCCCAUCAUAGUGUGUUUUUUGCAGACUGAGAACACUUAAACACAUCAUUUAACCUGUUUUUGUGUUCUCUUGGACCCCAUCAGCGAGGAUCAUCUACUCCCUGCCUCCCCCAGCGAAAGAGAGAUAGCAGUGCCUGUAAGUACUUAGCCCCGUUUUCCAAAACAAGAAGAAGAAAAACAACAAAAAAGUAUAAAAACAGCUCUAACCCUGACUCUGCCACCACAGGAGGUGAACUGCACUCUUUUUUUACUGGCUGGCUACGUCAAAUAUGGCCGGCCCUACGCCUGGAUCCGCUCCAACCACGAGCGCCUGGUCAACAUCGGAGGCACCGACUCGCUGGUUAAAGACACGCCCAUGAAACUCAAGUCCAUCGCAGACUGGCAGACACGAGGUACGGAAACAAUGUGAGGAAUCCAAACAGGAGAAAGUUAUUGUUUCACUGCACAGAUUCAAUAAUUACCCCACUUUCCAUGAGCUAAAUGAGAUGCAGAUGCUGGAGCUGAACUUCUGUUUGAAGUGGAUCAGGCUUGUGGAAAAAGCUCCAGGUGUUUAUAUUACGAACUGUACCUUAGAGUACUUGGCUCCGACAAAUAUUUCACACAGUUUUGUGGGUUUUUUUCCUCUUCUUUCCUGGUUGUUUUUCUCAGGUAUUCGUGUUUGGGAUGUGGUCAGUGAGCUGGUUUGCCUGUGCACUGUUCCCUCUCCCUCUAACCCCUUCGCCCUGGACAUGCGCUACAUCAAAAACCUUCCCCUUCCCGACCGCUUCCUGGUCACAGGAGCUCUGAUGAACUUCCUGGAGAUGUACGUUGUGUACGGGAAUCGGGAUGAGAUGCACUAUGACAAAGGUUGGAUUCAUGAAAAACAAAAUGAUCUUUUUUUACUUAUAGGUUCUUUUUGUAGCCAGUAGGUGGUGCUGUUUAGCUACAUUAAAGACAGAGGACGAACAGCCUGCCUCCUGCUUUAGGCUUGGAUUUAACUGUAUGAAUAAUUGUAUUUUGUCGUUUCUUGUAAUCUAUUAGUGACUGAGGAGGUGAAGCCUCUGAGGCGUCUUCAUGUCCAGUCCCUGAUGGAGCUGCAGCGAGACAAAGAGAGCGCAGGAUCCGCCAGCAGCAGCACUGCAGCACAGGACUCCUCAUAAAAACGUACAAAGAUGUGGUCAAAUCUGUGCAUUUCCACUAACUUUGUGUAGACAUGAGAUAAGAAACAGGUUGUAAACAUGUAAAAUUGUGUAAACAUGCAAAAAAAUCAGUGCUAAACUUCCUUAUUGGUGCUUUAUCUGUGUAAUUAUGGGUAGUCACAUGUAUUUGAGUGUUUAAAAAUGUGAAAACUGUGGAGAAAUAACCCUGGGAAACAAGUCACAUGACUCAGAUUAGGCAUCCCAGGACCUCUCUGAAUGUCUCUUGCCCUGCCACCCUUGAAUCGUUCAAUCCUGCUCUCCCACACACAAACACACACACACUCUUAAAGACAGGAAUUCUGUUUUCUUCAGGCCAAAUAUAAAAGUCUGGAAUCAUUCACGGGGGUCAAAGCUGCACAAGUUAAAGCCUGUUAACUAUUUGUCUUCUCGAACGUCACAGCCGUGCAAAAACAAAAUAUUUUGGACACGUAAAAAUGUUGUAUAAAAAAGUUUUAAUACUUCAUAAAAUACAUAUUUAAAUAUGUACAAGGACAUAAAACAGCACAUUUAUAAAACACGCUUUAAGCAGGCACUUUUGACCCCCUUCUGUGAGAGGUUGUGCCGUUUGUAGUUUAAAAAGAUACAUAAAAAAUGUUAAGACUGGGUAUAAAAACCAAGUGGCACUUCAGUCAAAAUCAUCUCUCCGUAUAAAAAUAAAAAAAUAUAUUUCUCUAACUUGGUUUGGAUCAGAAACUUCAGCUAAUCCUCAACUCUCUUAUAAAAUAGAGUCCACCAUCAGGAGGACAUGUUAUGCAAUCCGGGUUAGGCCCCAGUUAGGGCACCUAUAAUGGCUUUGAUUAUGUGAGCAAGUAAAGGGCAAAGAGCUAAAAGCAUUAAUUGACUCGGCUGAUAAAUAUUCAAAGUCAUGGUCGGACAUGGAGAAGAAUCCGGGGCUUCUUGAGAGAAUUUGACGUCUCGAAUUUCCCCCCGUGAUUGGAAUGCAGGUGCAUGGCCGUGCAUUCCUCACAGAGGCUCCACAUUAGGAACACAGCGUUCCCAGUGUUCGGACGCAAACAAACCCCGCGAGUCAUGGCCGGGUGUGUUUUUUCCACCUAAAUGCUAAUAAUUCAUGGCGGAGGAUAGUCAGGAUCUGUGUCUUUCUGCUUGAGAUGAGGGUUUCAUUCAGCUGACUGAAUAAAGAAAUGCUGGAUUCCUUAUCUUGGGGUUCAGAUUUGACCCUAAAAAUAUCAACUGCUUCAUUUGCAUCUCAGAAGAGUUUAACUUAAUACUCUUGCGCCAUUACUCUGAAGCAUUUCUGUGUAAUCUCGGCCCAGAAAUCUCUCUACAUUCAUUAAAAAUAAAAAGAGAAAGAUGCUUCCUUGUGCCACAGGGUUGAAAAUAAAACAAUAACCUGUCACAAAUGAAAGUUAAACUAAAGUCAGCCUUUCAAAGGAAAAAUAAAGACUCUUGUCAUUUGUUUC